GUUGGAUUUCGUCCAGUCCCCAUCGUCCCUUUGAUGAACUUCCUCUCCCGUGACCUUCUCCCAGACUUGUUACUGAAUACCUCGCUCACCGGCAACACCAUUGCGCUGUGUUCCAUGUCGGGUUCAGAAAUUUAUUCAUCUCUUUGAUCGAAACAUUCCAGUGUUGCAGACGAGUGAAACAACUCUUCACGGCUUUUUUCCAACGUGAGUCGACCCAAAAUCCCUCAUUUCAUGCACCUUCGUCGAAUCCGCGUCUCUUGAAUACACUAUCACACGUGACAAGUCUCUAUCAUCACGGGUUCUGCGCAGCUUCACAACAUCAUCACGGGCAGGGACACACGCCGCGCUCGGCUCCUCUGCUGUGAUGAACCACGCCGCGAUGGAAUCACCCCAUCACGUCGAUGAUGAUGAUGAUGUUGCUGCUCAUACCGCCAACUCUUCCCUUCACUUCCGCACUCGCCGGAUGGCAUCCGGCUGAAGUGAAGUCGAGGCCUGGCGCGUACAUUCCUCACUCCACCUCGCUGUUCUCAUCCUUUACACAGUUCUUACAGCAUCUUAUCCCACUGACUUGGACUCGCUUUCAUUAUCCUCCGCGACCUCGGUGUGGCUUGAAUCAUGGCUAAUCCAAACGGCGAACAGGAUCCUGCGCUGCCCUCAUUGUCCGCCUUCUAUCAAUACGCCGAUCAACUAUCUAGUCCUUCUCGAGAAGCUUAGGGUGCUUGCCUCGAGGAAGCUAAGCUGGACGACCUUUUAGAUCAAGUCUCCGACUACGUCAAGACUAUGGACUCUUCAGAUCUGAGAAUGAAUGCUGCGAAUAACAAGCGCAAGAGAGUUCCUGGGGACCAGGGUAUCGGUCGCGAGGCAAAGGCGCAAAAUACAAACGGUGACCACCAGGACUAUGCUGCAUUGCUUCAAGGCCUCGAUGCUGUCUCGGGCGCGGAUGACAGUACGCGAACGGCGCAAGCUGCUCUCGCAGCACCCAUGAACCCUUCCGCUUACCCCGAACCAACGCCCUUCGACGGAGCAGCUGCGCUCUCCUCGGCAUUCGAUGAGAAUAGCCCUCCUGCGGUGCCUAAUAUGGGUAAUAACAUGAACAGUAUGGGCAACAACAUGGGCGGCCUCCCGCAAAACAACAGCCAUGGUGGUAGGGAGUCGACGUCUGCAAAGCCCGCCGUCGGAUCUGCCGAGUGGCAUCAACAACGCAAGGACAACCACAAAGAAGUUGAACGACGUCGCCGUGAAGUCAUCAAUGAAGGGAUCGAGAACAUUGCAAAGAUCGUCCCGUGCACGGAGAAAAACAAAGGUGCCAUCCUUCAACGCACACAUGAGUACAUCAUCAACUUGCAGAACAAGGAAGCCCAGUUUGAGACUGAGCGUGCAACCUUUGACGUUGCCCUCAAGGAACUCACCAACCGUCUUGAUCGUAUGAAGGAAAGUGCUCGUGCUGCGUGGGCCGAGAGCAACAAGUGGCAACAACGCGCACGUGAUGCCGGUCUACACUUUGACGAUUAUGACGAGGCAAAUCUCACCGGGUUUGAAGAUGACGACGUCGCUGCUGCCGACGUUGUGUCUUAAGCUUUUGUUUUUCCUUUGGGUUGUCCAUGAGUUGACGGAAUGAUUUCAUUUUCCUCUUCUACACCACUCUUGUUCACAACACAAAGACAAGAGAUCGGUGAGGCGUUGAAGGCGUCUUCAUGCCUAUAUCGAUGGGUUUUUUCCUUCUCUUUUUUGGUUGACCCUUGAAAAAAUGAGGGUUCAUGGAAUGAUCUGGAAGCUGGAUUGCCAUGUUCGGCCUGCUAUUCAUCCAGUACAGUACAACCCAAAACCGGGCUUGUGGAGAGCCGAUAGCACAUGGACAGAACUGAAUGAAUGAAAGAAUUAGAUCAAACAACCUCAUUGAGAGAGAGUCGACUAGUAAGGAGAAUAAUUGGUGGACCCAAGGCUUGUUCAUGCACAGUUUAACGGCCCGGCACACACCAACACACAAAGACAGCACCUGCAAUGUCGGAGUUUGCGCACAAAGGAGAAAUCUCCCUGGGAUGGCUUUGGGAAGGUUUUAUGAGAUACCAUUAGGAGCAGAUUGAGGGGCUUUGUGAUUUUUAUCAGAUCAGGGCAACGGGACCUGACUGGACGCUUUUGCUAGCCUGUAGCUAUUGAAUUGUUAUUUUUUUUCUUGUGUUUGUACUCCGUAUGUGCUUCAAAGGUUUGAAUUGUACACGUCUCUUGGUCCUUUUUUGGGUGCAGAUUGUCCUCGAC